AUGGCACACAUGCUUGUGACCUGGACAAAAAUGAGCUGUAUAUGUGCUCCCAACACGUGGGUGAGAGUAAACAGAGCGUUUCAUCUGUGGCAAGCGCAUGUUCGCAAGUCAGCAGCAUCUCUACCUUUGUCUGGCUCCUCUCACUGCAGGGUUCAUGUGCAACACACGCACUGCUACAUCAGCUGGAGGCACGUCCACUACCUGAGGAACACUAGGCGUAAAGGAUGGCUCUUUAAAGGAAACCAGGUUCGACAGAGGCUCGGGCUCCACACCAGCUCCCCGUAUUUGAGCACUUCAGCUUCACGUUGGUCUGCUGGUCUGAGCCAACACAUGUCGCGGGUCAGGAACACACUGGACACAGUUUCUAAAGCUGUGAGUGGGACACAGUCAGAGCUUUUCUCCAAAAUUGCGAGACUCAGGCCCAAUGCGUUAAAGGCUAAGAAACAGGCUGAGACGAGUGUUGAGUCGACGCUUAAAGCAGAGGAGACGCCUUCUUCUACUCCUAUUGAUGCUGCUGCCCCUUCUACAUCUACUGCAACCACACCUGUGUGUAAUGGAUCUUCUGCUGGUCCUUCUAUUCCUACAUCUGCUGCUACAUUUAAUGCAAGUGCCACUACCUCUUCUCGUCCACCCAAUUCUGCCCAAGCGACUAUCCCGGCCGCCGUUCUGGCUGCACGUGAAGUCAAGGAGAAAAGGCUGAGACGUAUUGCUCCUGCUGUCAAAGCCAGUGUUGCCAAGAAGCAAGAUGAGCAUGUACCUUCAAUGAGCGAUUCCGAGAGCAAGAGCACGAAUCCAAAACAAACCACAGCACUUUUCCACCCCAGCACCUUCUCAGCAAACCUUGACGACACAUACAGCUACCUUGCCAAUCACAUAAACUCCUACUUUGGUACAAAGACUCAGGACAAGAAAGACAACAAUGUUGGCUUUUCCUCUGCAUCGUCUCAGGGUCAACAAACUAGUCACCCCGUGUCGGUGUCUAAUAAAGCGGAUGCUGUUGCUGGAAUUCCCCCGCCUUCAUCCAAGAAGGGUUUUGGGCAUUACCUGUCCUACUCAGCUCCAACUGUACAAGCCUUUGUGGGAAGCUACAUUGCUCCUCUGGUCCCCAGGUUUAGGGCAGCAGAGUCCAAAAGUGCAACAGUGGAGGAGAAAUCUGAGGAAUCGCCAGUCAAACAGGUUGAGGCCACAAUAAAUAAGGAGCCGACGGCUGCCGAGGAGAAAGCCAAGAAACUGCUACCUCAAAGAGAGAAGAUCAUUGCCAGGGUGAGUGUGCAUAAUCGAACCCGGGCUCUGGUUCAGGGUCUGCGCAGAGCAUCAGAUGUGAGGGUGUACAUCAACAGGGUGGAGGACCUCAGCUACCAUCUCCUGGAGUUUCCAGAGACCGCUGGGGUUGCAGUCAAGGAGAAGGCUAUCCCUUGCCUACUGCGGCUGAAACAGGCCAAUGACCCAAGCCUGAGAGCAGCAGUGAGAGAAGCCCUCGCUCUGGUGGGCUACCAUUCACCUGUCAAAGGCCGAGGCAUACGGGUCCUGUCCAUAGAUGGAGGAGGGUUAAGAGGACUUCUUGCACUUCAGACGUUGCACAAGCUGGAAGCCCUGACCGGGAAACCCAUUUACAAACUGUUUGAUUAUAUCUGUGGUGUCAGCACAGGUGCUAUCCUCGGAUUCAUGCUGGGUGUGUUCCAGAUCCCGCUGAACGAGUGUGAUGAUCUAUACAGGAAGUUGGGUUCAGAUGUAUUUAAGCAGAAUGUCAUUGUGGGCACUGUGAAGAUGGGCUGGAGUCACGCUUUUUACGACAGCGAAGCCUGGGAGAACAUCCUCAAAGAGAAAAUGGGCUGUCACCUCCUGGUGGAAACUUCAAGAAACCCAGAAUGCCCUAAGAUGGCAGCAGUGAGCACUCUUGUGAACCGGGGCAGCCCUCUGAAGGCCUUUGUCUUCAGGAACUACAACCUGCUGCCCGGGAUCCGCUCUCACUACCUGGGGGGCUGCCAGCACCAGCUGUGGCAGGCCAUCCGUGCAACGUCAGCAGCUCCUGGGUAUUUCCAGGAGUUCACAUUGGGGAACGAUCUCCACCAGGAUGGUGGUCUGCUGAUAAACAACCCCACAGCUCUGGCAGUCCACGAGAGCAAGUGUUUGUGGCCCAACACGCCGUUGGAGUGUGUGGUUUCGCUUGGUACGGGCCGAUUUGAAACUCCUGGGAGGAACAGCGUCGCCUACACAAGCCUUAAAAACAAAAUCAACAAUGUCAUCAGCAGCGCCACGGACACUGAGGAGGUUCACGCAAUGCUUGACGCCUUCCUCCCUCCCAACACUUAUUUCCGCUUCAACCCGUACAUGAGCGAUGACAUCGCCAUGGACGAGAACCGGCAGGAGAAGCUCAACAUGCUGCAGGCUGAGGGCGAUCGGUAUCUGGAGAGGAAUGAGGAGAAGCUGAAGAAGGUCGCUCGCAUCCUAAACCGAGAGAAAAGCUCCGUUCAGAGGAUGACUGAGUGGGCCAAGCUCCGAGCGGACAUGUACAACAGUCCAUCAUUUUACUCCUCCAAAUUCUAGGUCCAACUUGAUGAGCCACCUUUACCUCACACGGAAGCUCUUCCUUUAUUCUAAAUUACCUCGAAUAUUUCAUGUUACCAUGAUUGGUGUCAUAGUUGUUGUCUUGCUGAGCUGUAGGUCUGACGAAACAUUGUGGAAACGCACAAGUAGGAAAUAUAGCAGACACGCCAAACACUACCUUCCUCCUCACUCAUACAUCUGGUACCCAUUGUGUUUGGAAGCACGUGUUUUCGCUCUAUUGUAUUCUAAACAGAUGUGUCAAAGGACAGAACUCCUCAAAUCUUCAUUUACUCUUCUACACACAAAGGAAUGCUUGAAGUUUGGAAAACAUGCCUUUUUGCGUUCUUGCCAUCAGUCAGACGACAAGAUCGAUAUCACAUACUGUACAUGUCAGGAUGAAAAAUAUGACCUACUGGCUAUGGCUGCUAGCUUAGCUUAGCAUUAAGAUUUUAAGAUCCCAAAUGAGCUGUUGCUAGCCUGGCACUGUUUAAAGGUAGCUUAAGACUUUGUGAUAAGCUAGGCUAACUGGCUGCAUGCGUUUGAACAUUCAGAUGUGAGUGGUUUAUUUCUUAAAUGACAAACUUUUGCGACAAAAGAAGCAGAAUACUGUAAAGUUUUACUGCAGCCAGUUACAGUUCUACAGACCUUCUAUCAAGUGAGCACUUAUUUAACCACAUGCUACACUUUUGAAGAUUUAACAUGGGAUCGAAUAUAUCCUCAAAACUCUGUUUGUACUUUCACACAAAAACACGUGUCAAUAUAAUGUGUUAUAGUAUAGUAUAUGUUAAGCUAAGCAGACAAUCUGUCUAACACUGUACUGUACUGUAAAAAAAAACAAAAAAGUAAGGGACAUAUCUCAGUUGUAAUGAAGAAAACGUGCACAUUUAAUGAUGCAGCUAAUGGUUCACUGUAUAAAUGUUUAUUGGAUACAAUAAUAUAGUAUAUGGGGGGCCCACUUUAGGAAUGCAUAUGAUGCAUGUUAUGUCUAAGAUUUUACUCAGAAACAAUAGUUGGGAUCAUAUAAAGGAAUAAGAGUGAUUUACUUUCCUAUUUUAUUCUAAAUUAUCCAUAAUAAUUAAUCAUGUUGAUUAAGAAAGAAUAGCAGAUAUUUAACUGUCCAAAUGGAGCCUCGCUGUCAUAAAGAGACACCUUUUAAUGUAUCAAAGUAUUUUAAGUUCACUUGUUUCAAUCGCGUUCAUGGUUGUGUGCUCGAUUGUUUGGUUUUAUGGAUUUCCCACAGGCUAUAUGCACAUUUUCUGCUCAGUCUUCGCUGUGCCCUCUUUCCCUUUGAUGCCUCUUCUCAACAGCCUCCUCCACUCUGUCUACCUUGAAGUGCUGUGUUUUGUUCCCCGCUCUGCUGUACUAUAACAUCUGUAAAAAAAACACUGCAGCUGUUAGCAGGACUGGUUUAAAACGGAUCACUGCAUACUGAUUUGUAAUGGCUAAAAAUGAUUGAUAUACAGUACUAUACUGCUACAAACUGCACUGCAUACAUUAACUUCCAUGCCAAACCUGGUCAAGUACUGUUUAGCUGAUACAACAACGUGUCGGUCACUCCCAGAGGGCCUGAGGUAAAAUAACCACAGAUUAAUGUAAUUCCUCUGUUCUCCUGUUGGUCCUGUGUAAAGACUGUUUGAGUAUGCAUGUAAUUAAAACCCAUCACCGAA